GCCCGUUUCGUCAUCAUAUCUGGUGGUAUUGCAGCAUGCCAACGCUCGAUGACAUCUUCGCCGACUACAUGGGCCAGAGCGAUGGCGCCGAGCUGGACAGCGACGCGUUUCUGGAAGAGAUCUUGCUGGCGCCCCUGGCCCUCCUCCCGGCGGACGAGUCGCAUGCGCCGGCGCGCAAGAAGCCCAAGCGCCGCCUCAAGACCGAGCUCGACUACCUUCGCGCGACGUGCAACGACCUUGAAGACGAGCUCCGCGCCCUCGAAGCCCGCGUGACGGUACCAUCGGCAUCUUCGUCGAUCUGGGAAGCGCGCGCCACCGAGCAGGCGCAGGCAGCCCGGCGCGCGACCCAAGAGAACGCCCAGCUCAAGCAAGCCCUCGAAGAGCAACUCAAGCUUAUCCAAGUGCUAGAGCGCGCGUUCCGCAAGAUCCCGCGACUCAGUGCGUUUCCGUUGACGUCCGAGGGCUGGCGCCACGCGCGGUUAAGUGCGAUUGAUCGCGGUUCGGACGCCGCGGCGCUCAUGGCGCACCAGUUGACCAAGCUCGAGUCCGAGUGGAUUCGCCACUCGCUCCACACCAAGGAAGACAAGCGCAAGGCGUGGAUCCAAGGCAGCUCGGCACGCCUCGCCGACAUUUACUGGGAUUACAUUGUGGCCAAGAUCCCGGCGGAAUUUUCAACGCCCGUGCACCUCGAGGUUCUCGAGCAGUGGGCACCCAACUUGGUGUACACAAGAUACCACGCACAAGACGCGGCCAAGCAAUUUCCUGUCUUUGAAGGACGGACGGUCACCCAGCGCUUUGACCAAGAGCAUCGUGUUGUGUUUGUGUGGCGCUCGAUCCUGGACGACAAUGGUUUACCGUUUGAUCCGAACCAUGCGCGGGACAACCAAUGUGGCUGGGCGGUGAUUGAGCCCGAGAGCCCGACACGUGCUCGGUUCUCGAUAUACUUUACACUGACGCCGCCCAUCAUCCCGCCAGCGCACCUCGGCUGGCCCGCGUUUCCCGUCGGCGCGUUCACCGACACGGUCACGACGAUCUUUAUGGCCAACAGCGCUAAGUUUCUCGUGGCGUUGGAGGCGCAGGUUGCGAUGCGAACACGCGUCAACGAAACUUCUCAAUAA